CACCGGUGCUCACUGGCAGGUGUCAGUAGAUGCACGCUGUAGGGUACAUAUGAACGCGGGGAGUUGUCUGGUUGGUCAUUUGGCCAGCUCAAAGCUUUGACUGGUGCUGCACGCUGCUUAGUUUAUAUAGGUGUUCUGUGGCUGCACUUUCUAUUUCGUUCGCCGUGGUGAUCUGUAGUCUCUGCAGGACUGCAGCUGUAGAGCGUUUGUAGGAUCUGUUCUGCUUUGCUAACCAUGAAGGAGGGAACUCUGUUGCCCGAGGAAACGUUGUUGUUCGACUAUCAAAUCGCCGGCCACGUUCACGGGAACAACAAAACCAAGUUAGGUCUUCUGAAACACAAAGAUGGGUCAAUAUUGAAGCCGUUAUUGAGCAGUGAUGAACGCACGCUACGAGAGCACAAGUUUUAUGAAGACGUCUUUAGAGCUGAAGAACCUCAACCAGAGCUGUUGACCCUGAGAACAUUCCUCCCUAAGUACCUGGGAACAUGGAAGACAGACUACCUUGGCCAAGAAGUGGAGUAUCUGCGCUUGGAUGACGUGACUCGUGAGUUCCGGAGCCCUAGCGUCAUGGAUGUGAAGAUAGGUGCCCAAACAUAUGACCCAUUGGCAGAGCCCGAGAAGGUCGCCCUUGAAGAGGCAAAGUACACAUGGAGUCGGCAGCUUGGUUUUCGUAUUCUUGGCAUGCGGGUUUUUGACAAAUGUGAGCAGAAAUAUCACAUUUAUGGAAAAGAUUAUGGCCUCAAGCAAACACCUGACUCCAUACUAGAAGCCUUCCAGACAUUCCUUGGCAUGACACAUCAACAGCCCAAUAGCCCAGCAUUUCUGCCAGACCUAUUAGUUCAGCUGGAACACAUCAGGCACUGGUUUGAGACUCAGCGUGUUUAUGCCUUUUACUCAAGUUCACUUCUGAUUGUAUAUGAAUCUUUGCUCGAUAGCUCUGAUGAUAAAAAAAUUAACUGUGUGGCCAAAAUGAUUGACUUUGCUCAUGUCUUUCCCACAUCAGAGUGUGAUAAGAACUACCUAUUUGGAAUUUGCAAGCUUAUUGGUGUACUGCGUGAAAUUGGAGGUCUAUAACAAUGAAUGGCAAACAUUUAAAGCAAGUUGUUUUUAUUUCACUGUUAUGGGACCUGGAAGAUGUCUUUUCUUAUGUGGAAAAUAUACAGACUGUGAUUAAAUCUUGCCAUUUAUAUAACGGAUGUGCCAACAUACGCACUGUAUAUACAUUCUUAUAAUCACAAAUAACUGUGAUUAUUUUUUCUGCAGCUCACUUUUAUCCUUUUAAAGUCACGUAAAGCCUUAUGACACACUUUUGAGCCAUUUCUAUUUUCUUCUAAAAAUAAACUAUAUGGCCAGACUUAAAGAAAACAUUUACAUCUUUUAUUUCAUCUUUCAGAUUUCAGGGACACUGUCCUUGUUUUCAGAGUAUAACAGAUACAAAUAGCUUCUCUUUGUUCUCAUUACUGAAGAAGUGAUGCCAUGCAUGUUUGACAGUUUAGGUUUUGUUUUAGUUUGUUGUCUUGAAAAUUGUUGACUUUGUAACAUAAUUUCUUGUCUUCGCACUUGUUAGCUUAUGUUUAUUUGAUGACAUUCAUCCAUAUUGAGCCCCACAACUUCUGGCAUUUAUUACUACAUAACUGGAUUGCAUCAUGUCAUUCAGUCAUUUCAGAUUUAGGUAAAAGCCUGCAUGAAGGAGGCAGUCAACUGUAGUGAAGAUAUCCCUCCAGCUGAAAUGCCUAAUGGCCAGUGUUUAGCAUCUUCCAAGAUUGUGUUCUAUGAGACAGGGAGACACGUGAAUGUAGCACAGUGCUUUGUAUGAAUUUAUUAUUUUUCACUUAGUCAUUAUUGGUGUGACUGGUGUAUUACUUACCUUUGAUAAGUCAGCUGACAGACAUUACGCUGCCAUAUGGUUCGUGAAGUUGACUAACACAUAACAGCAGAGAGAGAAGAAACGAGCAGCUGUUGAACCUUUAUGUAACAUACAUGGAUAUGACGAAUUAUCAGAUAUAAUGAAGUGAAUAUAAAAUGCUUGUCAUCAAUACAUUAACGAAUAUGCUUAUGACAAAGGUAUUUUCAUGUUGAAUGCAACUACGUUAUAACAAAGUUCAACUGUAUAUACACUGCAUUUAUUGUGAAAAAGAUUGUGUGAUAUUCAUGUGAAAAUUGUGGAAGCACAUUUGGCAGCUUUACAAGGUCAUUUAUACAGUCUGCAAAACCUCCGUAAUGGCUCGGAAACAUCCGUCCACAUGAGACGUCCAUAGCUUUUGCUACAUUCAACGGCAGCGCUUCUCGAAACAGUGCACAACCUUUGAGAGCUGUGUUCAUGUGACAGCAUUUGUAUCAGAUUGCUGUUAAAUGCUCACUGAAGUAAUUGUAAAUGUCGAGAAGUGUAUGCAUUUGCAUUAUUGGGAUCACAUAGCAAAACAGCGGAGUAACAUUUACAAACACUUCUCAAACCAGUCUUUGGCAAAGCAGUGAUUUGCAACUACAUGGCACAUUGCCACCAACACUUUGGUGAUUUGCAUCACAAAUGAUUAUCUUUUGCUGCUUGUUUAAUUGCUGCAAAGUACUAUUUUCAAUGCCUUGUUAUUAUAGCAACAGUCAUAGUUUCAUGAACUUUCUUGUGCAUGUAUUGUUGGCAGAAAAACUGAAGCCAGGAAGCACAAUUAGUAAUUGUGCAAAGCAUCACACAUUUGAAACUGUUAGUACCAUUUUGAAAAUGUCUGUCUUGGGUGUGCAACUGUCUGUCCAGGGCAACCAGACAGGCGAUUGAGUAAAUAGAAUAUACCCACAGCCCUUUGUUUGAAGUAAAACAUAAUUUUUCUGAAGUUUUGCACACUGGAUUGGUUUCAUGAAGACCUUCCUGAAAAGAUGGAAAAGUAGCCACUUUGUGAAAAGAUGGCUUGUAUAAAUUAGUCCAAUCACAGUGCAAGCUCUUUGGUUUCUAAAUAGCUGUGUAAGCAGAGCUAGGCUUCAUUUACUCUUAAAUGUGCAGAAAGUUCUUCAGUAUGGUGCCUCACCUAAAUUGCUUUGUCCAUUUUAUGCCACAGAAAAUCAGCGAUGAGCUCUCGGUGAUGACUGCAUAUAGGCGAUCAAGUUUGGGCUGUUUUCUCACUUUGCAUGAGAUUACAAGUUGCAUAGGACGAAAAUAAUGACAACUGUCCACAUUGAAUUUUGUAGUACUAUAGCAUUUAAUUAACAUUUCACAUAGAUUCCAACAUCUGUGUACAUAGAUUCCAACAUCUGUGUUGGGCCUGCAUAAUUUUUUUUUCUAAUUGGUGGUCAUAUACAUGAGCCAAAAGGAGUGAGGACUAAACAGAGGAAGAAAUAUCCAAGUUUGAGAUGCUUCAAUGCAGCAACCAUCUGGUACUUCCACAACAGUGCGUUAUUGUAGCAAUUUUAUUUGUUGAAUACAACCCGAAUAUCCUGAAGUCAGAAGCCUCUAUUUCCCCUCAAUUAUUAACUCUAACUAACUUGCCUGAAUUUUGUACUAAGUUUUCUUCCUUAUCAACUCUAAAUUCCCUAAAUACAGAUGAAUUUCUGGCUUGCUACAUGUACUGAGCAGAAAGGCACAUUUAUGGCUGGCCACUAAUUAUUUGCCACUUCUAAGUGCUACAGUAAUGGCUAAGCAAUGAUAGCCUACAAGGUUUAUACAUUGCUACAUUUAUUUUGGGUGUGCUAUGAAGUGCACAUGUCCACACCCAACUUGCACAAUGUGAACUCUUGCGGCACCGUGCCAGACACUGUCAGGGAAGUUGUGCAGCAAGUGCACCUGGACUUGAGGAGGUGUUUGCAAUUCCUAAAGGUGGUUGAAGUUUUAUAUAUAUAUAUAUAUAUAUAUAAGGAGCCAAGUGCAUUUUAUCGUUAUUUGUGACCAAUCACGUGAACCAUUAUUAUACUAUUGUACUGGGGUCUAGAGCCCCAAUUUAUUUUUUAAAUGUGAACAGGAGACUGCUGGUGACUCCAUUAGCACUGGCAUGAAUUGCUGCAUGUCACAGGUCAGUAACAUGCAUGUUGCCGGUCUCGCAUUACUCAAGGAAAAAGCCAUGUGCCAAGUACUUUUUGUGCAGGCAUCUCCUCAAAUUUUGUGCAAUGCCACUAGUUGAGCCAACGUAAUGAAACCAAGCCAAGCUGAGGGCAAUAUGCAGCUAUGGUGGCAUCUAUUGUAAUAAAUGUCGCUGUCACUUUGCUUACGAUUGGCUUUAAUAUGUCAUUGGGAGUGUGGGAGAUACAGUCAUCUUUAAAUCCAUGUUUUUCAAGAAACAUGCGCUUAAAUGAGCCAAUAACCUGCAGUACCUGGUGUAGGACGCAAGUAAAUGUAUAAAGCUAUCUUUGGUGCCCCUUUUAAGAAAGGAUACUCUUGGGUGGCAAAAGGAGUAGUAUACUGUAUUCUCGAUAAGGUGGGCGAUUUCAAGUUGGCUGUUUUUUGCACACCUUUUUGUACAUUGUUUCAUGAAAAACAUCAUGAAGGUAUUAUUGUUGUAAUAAAAUCUAGAAAGCAACAUGAAGAUAUCUGUCAGUAAAGUUACAAGACUAGUGCCAACACAUUUAGGGUUGGCCCAGCUUUUUACUCCACAUUUGUUUUCCUCCAAUAAAGAUAUUUAAGUACGACAGGUUCUCAUGCUUUAAUUUUAGAUAAAAUAUAUUUCAUUCUUCUGUGCAUCUCACUGAAUUUAAUUCAAAAUUUAGCAUUUCCCAAUGUCUGUUGCACUACUUUCACCACCAUUCUGGUUUGCGCUCAACUCAAGUCAUUCAAGUUAUCGGAGACAAUGUAAAUUGUGCAAUUUAGAACUUGUACACACUAGGUGUCAUUCAAGUUAUCGGAGACAAUGUAAACUGUGCAAUUUAGAACUUGUACACACUAGGUGGUUUCAGCAAAAAUUUUAUCAUUGGUAUCAACAUGGUUACAGGAAAUGUAGCGGAACAGUACAAAUAUUUCAUUUCAUUUCGACGUUAUGCCACAUGGCAACCCAGGCAAAUAAAAAAGAAAUCAACUAUUAUGUCUAAUCCUGAGUCUUGCUAAGAUGAGACCACACAUGCAUUACUGUAUAAAUGUUAAAUUUCAUUGCAUGGAUACAUUCCAUGACCUUAGACAUCACAGCCUCAUGUCAAGUGUUCAAUCUCUGUACAUUUGAUUCAAGCGUGAUGCCUACGAAAGUAGCUGUGUUAGGACAGUGCAAAGAAUUGGAGCAAGGCUUCACUUUGCAUGUACACAUAUUUGUGUCUGUAGCUUCAAGCUGUCAUUUGUCAAACCCAAUUAGUGCUUGUGUGUGCUCCCGUGUGCUGUUUUUCUGUACAUUAACAUAUGCCCAAAGCAUCAGGUUGUUCUUCAGAGUUUGACAUUGUGUCCUAGAGUAAUAAAUGUGCCAUGAAGUCAGUGCUUGUGUUAUGAAAUAAACAUAUUAAAUGCUACCACCAAAACCUGAUUUUCGGGAGUGAAAGUGGAAAUGUUAUUUCACCCAGAAAACCAUACCCACGUUCUGCGGUGAAAAUGUGUGUUGAAGUUCCAAACAUACAGGGUGUCCCAGCUAGCCUUAGCCACAGUUUAAAAAUAUGCUGAUGCACUAUUGAGAGGACAUGACCAAAUGCAUGUUGCUGAUGUUGUAUGGAGUAAGUCACCUUAUUUUUGUAUUCUGCUUAAUUGCAUAAUUAGUCUAGAUUAAUUUUUUUUUUCCUGAAGCAAUGAAGUUGGACAAAAAAUUCCAAGUAGAAAGUUGUAGAACGGUUUGCAAAACAUCCAAUUAAACAAUUUCUAACUUUAUAUCUAUGUAUUAAGUAAUUUUCUUUUUUCCUCUUGCUUCAGAUGCCCGAAAAAAAAAAACCAUGUGGCAUGCCCACUUGCGCGCCGUGAUUGGAGUGCUCCCAAACGUUCCGUGUACAAAUGGACAUAGCACUUGGCUGGGCAUGCUGCCGCUUGAAAGGCAACAGUGCAGCGACACAGGCGUUGUUCGAUUUAUGCCAGCAACCAUUAUUGCUUGCACUGCGUAAAGUGAAUUACGGACAUGGCAGUUCCAGACAGCGAUAAACAGACCAUCGUGUAUCUGCUGUUGAAGUGCAAGCAAUUUUGAUGUGUCUUUUUCCAAUGAGGAAAAAGCAGACAUGAUCCUUGCCCUAGGAGCUGCAGAUGGACAGAGAUGGCAGGCGGCGAGGACAUAUCGAAGCUGGCACCUUGGCAUGCGACCUAGCUCGAUGACAAUAGUGAACAACUACAAGUCGGUGAAGCAAACCGGCAGCUUCACAAGAAAAAGGCAGAGAGCUUCAGCCAUAAAUGAUGAGGUGCGCUCCAGCAUUUUGUCUUUCAUGGUGGCUAAUCGACACGCUAGCACGCAUAGCGUGAGUGUAGAAGCCAGAGUAUCUAAAUCAACUGCCUGGAGGAUUUUGAAAACAGCUGGACUGCACCCCUAUCAUCUGCAGUUGCAUCAAUGCCUGAAGUCCAGGGAUCUUCAAAACAAACCUAACUUUGUGAAUUGGAUUUUGAUUCAGGAGAAGGAUUGAGACUUUCUCGGGAAGGUACUGUGGACUGACGAGGCAAACUUUUGCCGAAAUUGCCAAGUAAAUAUCCACAACACACACUAUUGAAGUGAGCGAAAUCCCUACUGGCUAGGAAAAUCGUGCCACCAAUAUCGGUGGUCUUUUAAUGUUUGGUGCGGAAUAUAUGACAACACAAUCAUUAGCCCACUAUUUUUUAACUACACUCCGACUUCCUAGAGAUAUGCAAAAGAGAUCCUCAAAGGGCUGGUGGAAGACUUCCGCUGCAACAUGUUACUGGCUCGGCUCGGUGCAACGUGGUAUCAGCACGAUGUAGUCAAGGCUGUAGUCGAGCACAAACAUGGCUUGCUGUUACGUUCCCAGGACAGUGGAUAGGGAGAAACGGGCCCAACCUGUGGCCAGCAAGGUCACCCGACCUUAACCCUCUUGACUUUUUCUUGUGGGGCUAUAUUAAGGAUUGCAUAUACACAAUGGAAACGACGAUUCCAGAAGCCUUACAGGAGAAGGUAACUGAAGUCUGCUGCAGUGUUUCACCAAUGAUGCUUAAGGCAGCAACAGCAAGCCUUCUUGGAAGGUCCCAGUGCUGUAUCACAGCAGAAGGUGGCCCUUUCGAGUGUGUGUUAUGAAAAUGCAUAUUAGAAAAAUAAAUGCAACAUUCAGCGAAAGACUGCGUGUGGCCAUUUAGGCCACUGCUAUUCCAUCAUUAUCAGUGUUCUGAAAAAGUUUUUUUUUUUUCCAUGGAUGUUCAGUUUGCUUACAGCUAUCGCAAAAUGACGCACCUUUUGUUUGCGGCAGUACAAGCGAUAACCACUGUGUAUGCUUAUCACUAUCAUGAACCGCUGCGAGGAAAGCACAUUGCUGGCGUAAAUCGCACAGCGAACACCUGCGUUGCUGCCUGGCUAAAUGCUAUGGUGGUUUGUACGCGGAACGUUUGGGAGCACUGCAAUCAUGGCACACAAGCAGGCAUUUCAUGUGGCAUUUUUUCUAUUUUGCGGGCAUCUGCUGCAAGUGAAAAAAAAAAAAAUAACUUAUUAGAUAGGAACUGUUUAAUUAUUCAGACAUUUUGCAAGCCACUCUACAACUUUCUAAGUGAAACCUUUUGCCCAUCUUUGUUGUUUCAUAAGUUCUUUAAUUAAUCUCAACUAAUUAUGCAAUUGAGCAGAAUACAAAAAAUAGUGCAACUUACUCCAUAAAAUAGUUGGCAACAUGUACUUGGUCACGUCAUCUUGGAGUGCAUCGGCAUAUUUUUAAACUCGGGAUAAAGUUAGAUGGGACACCCUGCAUAGGGAGACUGUUUAAGAUGCGUUUUGCACUGCUUUCAUUUUGCUGUUACUGUAAUGAACAGCGAGUGCCAAUAACUUAUCUACACAUCUUUCCAUAGUCAGGACAGCCAUGUGCAAGAGUGAAAUUUUAACCAUAUAAUCAUAAAUGAAGACAUUACAUUUUCUUUCUGUCUGUCUAAGACAAUGCAUGUUUUUUACUGGUAAAUUUGUGUACACCAGUCUUCCAAUUCUGCAUGCACGUGCUGUAAUCAAGUAUGAUACAAUAAAGAACUGCUUACACCA